AUGAACGAAUUAUGUAUUUUCUAUAUCCUGGAUAUCUAUCUAUCUAUCUAUCUAUCUAUCUAUCUAUCUCAGUCACUACUCAAAAUUAAAAUAAAAAGAUUUCCACUUAGGAAAACGACAGAAAAUAUAUUUAUCUACCUGCCUAUCUAUCUAUCUAUCUAUCUAUCUAUCUAUCUAUCUAUGUGUCUGUCCAAGUCUGUUUUUGAUCUUUAUCUAGUUAGAAAUAAAUACAAGAAUAAAAGACAGGGAUAUCUAUCUAUCUAUCUAUCUAUCUAUCUAUCUAUCAUUCGCGGUCUGUUCAUUAUCUAUCUAUCUAUCUAUCUAUCUAUCUAUCUAUCUACCAUUCGCGGUCUGUUCAUUAUCUAUCUAUCUAUCUAUCUAUCUAUCUAUCUAUCUAUCUAUCUACCAUUCGCGGUCUGUUCAUUAUCUAUCUAUCUAUCUAUCUAUCUAUCUAUCUAUCUAUCUAUCUAUCUCAGUUUUAUCAUCUCCGUCUCUCGCGCUUUGUGUGUGUGA